AUGUCCGGGGAUGAAAGCGAACAAGUAGCAGUAGCAGAUGACGUGGUUGAAUCGGAUGUAGAAGACCCUGAUUACACAAUUGACAAUGCCCAGGUAGAUGAGGCUGAUUACGAAGAAUCUGACAAUGAAUCCGAUGCUGUAGAUGAUUCUGAGGAUAUUAAUUUGCGUGCAGCUCAAUUCGUAGCACGUGAUGGUACCAUAUGGAGCUCACAGCCACGACUUGCACGCCAAACUAGGCAACAAAAUAUUUUGCGACAGCGAAGUGGGCCCGCAAGAUCAACUACUAUGAUGUCAAUAGUCAAUACAUAUAAAUGUUUUAUGACUCCGGAAAUGGUGGAUAUGAUAGUACGCUGCACCAACAAAAGAGCAGAAGCGACAUAUGCGGAAUUAAACGCAAAACAUCCAGAGGCGGAACCAAAAACAUGGAAGAAGGUUACUUUGAGCGAAAUGUAUGCGUUCGUUGGAGUGCUUAUUAUGACUGGCGCUAACCGCAUCAAUGCCGAAUCUGCGCCGGACUUGUGGUCGGUGGAAAAUUGUCCAUUAUAUCGUGCGUCAAUGGGCAUUAACCGCUUUCAGGCCAUACUGCGGUUUAUAAGGUUUGACGAUGGCAACACACGGGCACAACGUUUGGUAACUGACAAAGCUGCACCAAUAUCCGAGCUGUGGACCAUGAUGAACUACAACUUUGAGCAGUCAUAUAAGCCAAGUGAAUAUCUAACGGUAGACGAGCAGCUCUUUCCAUAUCGUGGCCGCACCCGUUUCACGCAAUACAUCCCAUCGAAACCGGCAAAAUAUGGCAUCAAAGUGUUGCCAAAAAUGCAUAUCCACUGUAUGGACAAAUAUAUACUGGCCAAGCACGUACGGGACGGGUGA